GUCGUGCCCGUCGCCGUGCAGGACGUGGACACGCGCGAGGUGCUCAUCCUCGCGUACGCGAACGAGUUCGCGCUCGCGGAGGCGCGGCGCCGCGGCGUCUGCGUGCUCUGGAGCACGAGCCGCCGCAAGCUCUGGGUCAAGGGCGAGACGUCCGGCGACUACCUGGACCUCAAGGAGGUGCGCGUCAACUGCGAGCAGAACUCGCUCCUCUACCUCGUGAAGCCGCGGCGCGCGGGCGCGUGCCACACGAAGGACGAGAAGGGCCGGAGCCGCGCGUCCUGCUACUACCGCGCGCUCGACGGCGAC